UUUGCCCAAAAGACCAAUACAAAGGGUAAGAGGAGAGGUACCUGCUACGUGUUCUCUUGGCCUUUUAGAAAACAUGGAGUUGUUCCUUUGGCCACAUACAUGGGAAUUUACAAGAAAGGUGAUAUUGUGGACGUCAAGGGAAUGGGCACUGUUCAAAAAGGAACGCUCCACAAACGUUACCGAGGCAAAACUGGAAGCGUCCACAGUGUUACCCAGCAUGCUGUUGGCAUUGCUGUAAACAAACAAGUGAAGGGCAAGAUUCUUGCCACGAGAAUUAAGGUACAUAUGGAGCAUAUUAAGCACUCAAAGAGCCGAGCUAGCUUCCUGAAGUGGGUGAAGGAAAAUGAUCAGAGGGGCUCUUGGAAAAAGAAGGAAGCCCAAGACAAAGGUACUUGGGUUCAACUGAAAUACCAACCUGCCCCACCCAGAGUACUUGUGAGAGCCAAUGGGAAGGAGCCUGAGCUGCUGGAACCCAGUCCCUAUGAAUUCAUGGCAUGA